CGUAAUUCUACGAUGUUGACGGAUUUUUAUAAUUUUGGCAAAUUAUAGUAUGCGCUCUUGGUUGUGAAAUGUUGCCCCGGAUUUUUAGGUGACUACGAUUUUCUGUGCUCUUUCUUAGCAGUGACAGUUAAAUAACGAAUCUGUGCUUCAAACGACUUUCAAUGUGAUGCUAAUGCUCUUAGCAAAUUAAAAAAAAACAAAUGUGAUGAUGCCAAAAGCGCGUCCCAAAGAUGACAAUGACAGCUGCAACGCCAUCGCCCGCCUGAUCAAAGACCUCUGCAGCUGCUCCGAAAACGGAGCCUGGUCCCCCGACAUGACCCCCGACAAAAGAAAAGGGCCCUUCCUCAAAAGUGAACUCACAAACAUGUCUGCCAUGCGACGGAGAAUCAUGACCCUAGCAAAAAGAAAACAUAGAGACGCCAUCCCUGAACCGCCAAAAUUAACCAAGGAUAGCCCUUUGGAAAAAAGCACUGACACGCUCACUUCUAAUCAAGUUAACACUACACUAAGCUCCCAAAAUAGUACUUUACGAAGGAACAUAGACAAUUUCCUUCUAUCUCGUCGAAUGUUCGCGUUAGAAGAAGACAUAUAUGAAAAACCAAUACAGCGCAACUUGAAAAAUUCCUCUUGCGGCGAAAACUGGUCGCUAAGCAAAGCGUGGAAAAACAACAACACGGAUUUCUUCAAUCGCUCGCCUAUCCUCGAUUCUCGCCUAAUCGAGCGCAACCGAGGCUACCUGGAGCGGAUAGACGAGGUGCCGAGGAAGAAAAGAGACAGAAAGAUGAAAGAGCAGCUGCGUUACGAUAGGAAUAUUAAGCGUCACAUUCGGAUACGGGUGAUGCUGUCUUUGAGAAUGCGGCGGUAUAUGAAGAAGCGUUUGAGGAAGCCUUACGUGCAGAACACGAAUGUGCCUCCCCGGCGCUUUCCCCGCGGGACAUCUAUCACCUCAAGUUUCGGGACGCGGUCGUACAAGAGUGUGAUGACGGAUAAGCUGGGGGACGGGGCUGUGGUGUUUGACAUCCAUGAGGCUCGCAACACAACCAUGGAGCUGUGCCACGAUUACGAAGAUGACCUUGACACGCUGGAGAUCGCUUUACGCGCCGGGAAUUUUAGGAGCGGUCGCCUAGCUGUCGAGGGCUGGUGGUGCGGUCGCGCGAUGCCUCACGCGCACGCGCACGGGCGCGCGAACAACGGCGCGCUUGCGCUGCACUACGCAGCGGCGCGCGGGUGCCUUGACUGCGUGCGGUUACUGGCUAACACUACGCCCGAUGUCUCUGCCAACACGGCGAUGGAUAAUGACGUCACACCAGUAUACUUAGCCGCGCAAGAGGGACACUUGGCCGUACUAAAGUACUUGGUACUAGAAGCGGGAGGUCGGCUAGACGCGCGUGCUAGGGAUGGCAUGCUGCCUAUACACGCCGCUGCGCAGACUGGGUGCUUAGACUGUGUGAAAUGGAUGAUCGUGGAGCGAGGCGUGGACCCGAACGCGAGAGACGGAGACGGCGCUACCCCCCUCCACUUCGCCGCGUCCCGGGGCCACCUCACCACAGUCCGCUGGUUAUUGAGACACGGAGCCAGACUUCACCUGGACAGACAUGGGAAGAGUCCUAUUAAUGAUGCUGCUGAAAAUCAUCAUUUAGACUGUCUCAACGUGUUAGUAGCGGCAGGCGCAGCGGGUGCCGACAGCAAGCAGUUGUCCUCAUACAAAACGGUCCACUCCUGCGCAUGUACCCCGGGAGACGCAAGAUGCGCUCUACCAAACUGCAUAAACGCGAACGGAACCCGCUCCCCAUUCUACCUGCACGCGCCGGAACGCGAGCGCCGAGGUUCCGUAGCCGAGCGCCUGAGUUCGGGAGCGGAGCGCCGGGGUUCCCUGCCCUCCACGCCGAUGGGGUCCAUAAGCUCGAGCCGCUCGGGGCCUGCGGACGGGCUGUACGUCAACCCGAUGCAGAGGGCGUCUACCACGGGCACAAGACAUAGCGAGUCGGGGGAGGAUAGCGAGGCCUGCUCAGCUUCAGAUGCCGACGCCAGCAAUGCCAGCGGCUGGUACCUCCACAACGCGACUCCAACACCAAAUGCACCAGCGGCGUUAUACCAGAGAGUCAGAGACCUGUUCCAUACACGCUCCCCUGGACCGAGGGUCCCUGCUGAGGGACAGGAGGCGCCUGUUAUGACUGUAAAAGCCGAGGUUCACGGAUCCGAAGCGACCACAGUGCCAGAGCAGUCAGACAGCGACAGUGGAGCCGAGGCGACCAGACGCGACCACCACUAUGAAGAUAUAUACAUGCCCAAAGAAGAGCAACACCAAAGGAGAAGGAGCAGUUCCCGCGACUCCGGCAGUCACAGCAGACCUGGUAGCGCGGCGCUCAUCGUCGACUACACCACCAAAGAAGGCAUCGACAGCAUAAGCAAGGCAUACGAAGAGGUAUCCCCUGCACCCGAGAACCACGCCAAAUCCACCAUCGCCACGAAACUGGCUGCGCUCACGCAUAAAGCACAGAACUUCGCCAGCCGCCUCUCUUCAGCCGCCGGCAGCCGCCGUGCCUCCGUAACCGAGGAGACCACCGUCAUCCAAGCUUCUGCCUCUUCAGGAGUAUCUUCUGGAGGUAGUUCCGGAGACGAGGCACCCCCACCGCCCCCGCCGCCGCCUCCGCCAGCUGUUCUUGAAGAACCGGCACUGAAACCGUCGGAACUUAGAGGCAGGCUGGCUCGCCGCGGCUCGACCGCCACAGACGAGGAGCGGCCGCGCGGGCCCAAUCUCGUGAACAAGCAAGCCGUGCUCCCGUUCGUGCCGCCGGCCUUCCCCCACAACGCGCCCGACCGCCUGAUCAAGCCCUCGGAGUACUUGAAGACCAUCACGGCGCCGUGCAAGCGCGACGACGCGGCGGCGGAGCCGCGGCCGCCGCCGCCGCCCGCGCUCAGCGAGCCCGCGCCGCCGCCGCCGCCCCCGCAGCCGCCCGCCGCCGCCGCGCAGCCGCUGGCCGCCAUCAGCAGCGCGGAGCUCAGCGCCGUCCGCUUGCGCGCGCCCGCCGCCAAAACGCUCUCCGCUCCGCCGCCCGCUCGCUCCGUCAGCCUGCAAUGCUUGCCCAGCGCGGCGGAAAACUACAAAAGCGCGAAGAUAGACUUGAUAGAGGAAUUGAAAAUGUCGAAGGAUAUCACUGGAAUAAAGAAGAUGAAGGUUGAGCGGGCGAGGAGGGAGAGCCUUCAGGAUAAGGAAACUUUCACGGAGUUCACGAAGCGGUUCACGGCGGAGAACUUCGUCGAUCAGGUGCCGGAGCGGGAUGCGGCAGGGAACGUGAUUCCAGCGUGGAAGAGGCAAAUGCUGGCAAGAAGAGCUGCGGAGAAGGCUAGAAGAGAUUUGGAGAGGGAACUGGCUGGAGAAGCGGAGAGGAGACGCGCAGCGGCAGUGCCGGCGUGGAAGAGACAACUGCUAGCUAGGAGGGAAGAAGCGGAGAACAGAUUGAGGCAAACCCUCUACACCCCGAAAGUUGAAGAAACCAACGGGACGAACGGCGAAUGGCGGGCGUACCCCAACGGCACGCAGAGGGCCGUGUCCAUAGACAACAUAACUCUAUGCUACGACACUCCCUCGCAGCCCAUGCGGGCGCCUUCGGAGGCGAAACUCUCCACUGAACAUUGUAAUGGCCUCACAAACGGCAAACACGAAGACGAGGAAGCAGACGCAAAGAUCAUCCCGUGGCGAGCGCAGCUGCGCAAGACCAACAGCAAGCUGAAUCUGCUCGAAUAGCUUAGUUAGCUUAUAAGGUUCCCAUAGCUGGAAGACGCCUCAGUCCUAGAUACGCCACUGACUGAGACAUUGGAAAAAUGAGCAUCAGUCGAGUCCGUUAUUUGUGAUGAUAUUCAUCAGGGUUAUCAAAAUUGUUGACUUUAAGGCCUAGCUUAGUGUAACGCCGUGGCUUGCGUGGGCGACGGUCGCGCGAUGGUCGCUCGACGGCGAUGCGACGCAUACGAAAUCAAACCUUAUCGAUAUGGAAGUAUGAGACGCGACGGCGACGGUCGCACGACUGUCGCCCACGCAAGACACGGCGUAAGGCCUGAGUGCACAUUCGUAUUAGGCGUGCGGCGGGGAAGGGCGAGCGGCGUGCAUGUCCUGAGUCCGACGCUGUAUAGCAAACGCUCCGCUCCGAGCGCUCAUUCACGCUAACACUUAGGGUUAACAGAUACUUAUGAUUUUGAUGAUACUUAUGAUGUCUUCUCUUUACUUCCUAAUGGCACAGCCAGUAGGAUACGAAGAUACGCUGUUAAAGGGAAUCUGGUUUCGAAUUCCAUAUCAGAGCCUGAAUAUUUACGAGAAUGUCGAAAAAUGCUGAAUUGGCCUGCUCAGGUUCUAUAAAGAAUAGGGAUGACGACUACAUAAAAAAAAUUACAUUCUGUUUAGUCCGUCAGAUCGUCCAAAAAUACUGAACACAUAUUUUUCGCUUUUUCUAAUUAAUGAAACAAUACAAAGAUAUAGAGCAUCAAA